UGGCCAUUAUCAUUGUGAAGAGCUGAGGCACGGCAGAGCAGCUGGCGGCGCGUGCCAUAGCGCGGCUUUUUGCCUGUAAUAACACUCACAUCACCGUUCGUUUGUGUUGCAGUCAGCGCUUCAAGUCUGCGGUGGAUGACGAGAGCUUAGCAGUGCUGCCACGACUACCACGCAUCACGCACCACGCACCACGCACCACGCACUACGCACUACGCACCACGCACCACUCCUUUGCCGCUCGCUCGCUCAAUUCACGACCACGCGAACAGCAUAGCCACCCCGGACAGCGCCGCCUCGUCUUGCCUCCUUCCAGCGAAUUGCUACGCCGAUGUCCGACGCCUGAACACUCUGCCGCUGCCUACCAUCUUCCUACACAGCGGAGCUUGGGCAUGCACAGCCUCGUUCCCACCGCAUCGCCGCAUCGCCGCAUCACCGCACCUGCACUCCGGAUCGCCUCGAUCGCCAGCUUCGUCGCGUGCUGCCACUGCCACUGCCAACCGUCCCGUCCAGCAUCGCUCCUGCCCUCUCCGGUCCCGCACCAUCGCAGACUGCUCUUGCCGCAUGUGCCCCUCCAGUGAAUGGCACUUGCGUCGAGAUUCCGUCGACCUGUUCACUCAAGCAAGAACGGCCCCAGACGCCGCCUCCACCGCCUACCCUCGACGCUCUCACUCUCACUCUCAUCACUGCUGACCGUGCCUCCACCCCACGGGACCAACUGCGCCUCUUUGCCUUCGGAAAGCAGGUUAUCAGCGUGUUCUACCUCG